AUGACUUCGCACGAAAUCGUCGAAAUUGCAGAAUCACCAAAAUCAAACGAUGACUUUUCCUUCCGGCACAAACCUUUACUUUAUAUCCACUCAUCCCUCAAAGAGAGAAUUUUACAUAUAAAAAAGAAUGUAUCUCUAUCGGAAUUAAGUGGUAGUCUUGGAGAUUUAGGCACUUUACUUCCAAUCUUAGUAGCUCUUUCAAUCACCGGACAGGUUUCUUUGACUGCAUCACUUAUAUUCGGAGGUCUGUGGAAUAUCAUUAGCGGUCUGAUGUUUCGAAUCCCCAUGUGUGUUCAACCUAUGAAAGCUAUCGCUGCGGUGGCAAUCUCGGCAAAUUUAUCUAUAGGUGAAAUCAUGUCUGCUGGUCUUGGUGUUGGUGUAAUGGUAUUUAUUCUUGGCAUCACUAAAACUAUUAAAUUCAUCGAAAAGUGGACACCCGUUCCAAUAAUCAGAGGCAUUCAAUUGGGAGCAGGCUUAUCGCUAAUCAUAAAAGCUGCCGAUAUGGUUCGAAAAAAUGGUAGUUGGGGCGGUAGUUCUUGGAAAUGGAAUGAUAAUUAUGAAUGGGCUAUUCUAUCAUUCAUAUUCGUAUUUGCAUUUUAUUCAUCUAAAAGAAUACCUACGGCAUUACUUCUAUUCAUCUUUGGGCUAAUAAUUGCCUUUAUAAAGGUCUUUGUAUCUAAUAGUACAUUACCAUCAAUCUCAUUUAAUCUUCCUGAAAUUGUUGUCCCAACCCUAGAAGAAUUUAAAGUCGGAUUCCUUAGUGCAUCUCUUGGCCAACUUCCACUGACAACUCUCAAUUCAGUCAUCGCAUUGGCGGCAUUAGCUAAUGAUUUGUUCCCGGAACGAUCCUCAUUGAAUACUGUUAAAAAAAUUUCAAUUUCCGUCGGACUUAUGAACAUUGUUGGAUGUUUUUUCGGCUCUAUCCCCUAUUGUCAUGGAUCAGGUGGAUUGGCUGGACAAUACCGUUUCGGCGCAAGAUCCGAAGUUAGCGUUUUGGUUCUUGGAUUUUUUAAAUUAAUCCUGGGGAUAUUAUUUGGAAAGACUUUAACCAAUCUUCUAAAUUACUUCCCUUAUUCAAUUAUUGGUGUAAUGCUCUUUGUCUCGGGAGCGGAAUUAUCAUCUGCAGCACGAAAUUUCAUGAACACUCGUGAUCAUAAAGAUGAUGAUGAGACAAAAAAGAACUUUACCCUAGUUAUCGUAACAGCAGGAUUAUUGGUCGGUUUUCAAAAUGAUGGAAUUGGAUAUAUUGGUGGUAUGCUGGUUAGCCUUUUGUUUUAUAUCACUCGUGUUUUGAUGCCCAGAUUUUGCGCAUCAAAGUAA